AAUAUAAAUUAGAAAACAAAAAUCGGCAGAAAGCCGAAAUCCAAGAGGAUUAUGACUCCAUCGCAGAGAACUCGCCCUAUGUCUCACGUUCGGAAGAUUUUCUUUUCUAUAUCGCUAAUUUGAAUCGAAUUCGACUUCGAAUGCGUCGUUUCUCGUCUAGGUUCAAACACAGAGAAAUCAGAAGCUUGUUAUUCUCAAGCCGGCAGAGAAAACAAGAUCUUGUCAAAGAUGAGCUGCUAGGUGUCACUCCUCCUCACCCAGCUGGAGAGCCUAUCAAAUGGAUACACAAAUCGUCGCACCGAUCUCGCAAAAGAGCUGCCCGCUUGAGGCGAGAACGCGAGCGUUGGCACCCAAAUCAACAACCAACGAUUGUGUUCUAUGGCUCCAGCAGAAUGCCGCAUUUCCCGGGAUGGGCCCCGAUCCCCCAUUUGGGACUUAUUAAAAAAUUGGCUUCACACAUGCUGCUGAUACUGACGGACGAGUACAAGACUUCUCAAGCUCACGCAGGGUGUCAGCAACGGCUAACAAGUAUUCCAUAUGACGAGGAGGUUUGCGGACACAGAAAAACAAGAGAACGUGCAACGUACCGGGUCGAAGGACCUCAAGGCGGCUUCAUUCCAAAGAGGGGAAGGAAAAUAUAGUACUGUCGAGACCAGGAUGGCAAUUUGCUGAAUCCGGCAAGUGACUGUAUACAGGCACGCCCACCACCGCCAGGUAAAGAUUGGGUGAUGUGGAAGAUUAAAGCUUGUAAUAACCAUCCAGAGCUUUAUCCAGAGGCUGUGAUUGUAGACCGGGAUAAAAAUGCGGCAUUGAACAUAAGAAGCAUAGGCAUAGCCUAUAUGAAUAAUGAUGGACAUCCAGACUUUCGACCAGAGGCAUUCCUACCACCAGGUGGACAGCUCCCUCAACAAGCGCAACUUCAAGAAGAUCAAGAAGAACAGGAGGAACC